AAACUUUUGGUCUGUGCUAUAUAUAUAAAACACGUUAAUGCUGUCUGUAUCAGGUCAAGACUAUAUAAAAUGACUUUUUAAUCAACAACAGUUUUUAUUUAUUUAUUUGUCAAUCACAACCAGGCAGAUAAUGAUGGAUUAAUCCAGAUGGGUUGAGUGAAUUGCUGAAAUGAAAUGUUCUAAGUAUAAACAGAAAAGAUCAGAAAUGGAAACAAUAAUAAAGUUUCUAGGCUAACUGAAAUCUGUCUUUACCCUGACAGACUGUACUCAGGGUAAAGAAACGAGCGGAGCGUCUUGCGUCAGCAUGUAGUGAACGUGGUGACGUAUGAACCCGGAAUCUGGUGCUCUUGACUGACUGCCAGCGCUGCGUCCUGCUGAGAGAUUUCUGUCCAAUUCUUGUUGUGAUCAUCGCCUCAUCCGGAUCCCGAACCCUAACCUCUGUUCCAGUUUCUGAGGUCCGCUGCCUCCUUGACGAGCAGGUCGCUCUGCACUGGUGCUGCAUCCAAACAUGGCAAGGCACCCGACAUGGCUGAGGGAAAUCCACUUUUACACGUUUCAAAUGGUAAAUCUAACUACUUGAACCUGAUGAAUUUACUUCAGGUCGCUCUAAUUUUACUCGAAUUCUUCCUGCAUGUUUUUUCUUCCACUUUUCUGAAGCUCACCUUGUUUCAGGGCUGGUUUUUACACAUGUCUCUUCCUGGCAGAUUUAAUGCUUCUUUUUACAGCCGUUUGUUUCCUCCUUCUGUAGCUUCAGGAUUUAGUUUGAUAUUGUCUCACAGUUUCAGCUUCUUUGUGGAGCAGUAACAUUUUGAUCUUCAGUGAGUUUCCUUCAGAUCUCUGUCUGCUGUUAGAAAAAGAUUAAGCUAAAACACACGAGGUUUUGAUCUUUCUGGAGACUCCAGGUGAGACAAUAUGAAACAAUCUUCAUCCUCUGAGUCAUUCACUCCUCUUCAUCUCCUGAAGGACAUGAACCUGACUGUUUUAUCCUGUUUCAGUGCGGAACAGGCUGAGAGAAAUAGUUGGAGCUUCGACAAACUGGAGGUUAUUUAAUGGAGAGCUGAACGGUGGAGAAGUUGGUUGCAGUGUUUCCUUGCAUCAAUCCUGGCCUGAAUUCUUUCUGCAUGGAGUUUGCAUGUUCUCCAUGCUGAUGCGUGGGUUCUCUCCAGGUUCUCCAGCUUCCUCCCACCACCACAACAUGACUGUUGGGUUAAUCGGUCUCUCUAAAUUGCCCCCUCAACGACCAUCAGCAGGCCAUGGCGGAGCGCGUCUCUCUGUCGUCCAUGCUGGCCAAGUCUCAGAGUCAACUUCCUGCCAAGAGGAUGAAGGACAGCUUCCUGGAGGUCCACCUUCCUCUGGGCUCUGAGCCGGAGCUCAGGGAGAAGUACCUGACCUAUCACAACACAGUCAGGUUUGGAAGAAUCUUGGAGGACCUGGACAGUCUGGCAGUCCUCAUUUCUUACUCUCACACGUAUAACCCGGCUCUGAAGAGGUCUCCCCUGUCCAUCGUCACAGCGCUGGUGGAUAAGAUCGACAUGAGGCAGCACGUCAUCUACCCCGACUGUGACAUCAAGUUCACAGGUCACGUGACGUGGGUUGGGAGGUCGUCUAUUGAAGCAAAGAUGCACAUGUCACAGUACCGGGAUGGAUCGUAUGCCCCCGUUCUGGAUGCUACUUUUGUCAUGGUGGCCCGAGACCCAGCCAACAAAAGGGCUGCGCUUGUGAAUCCACUGAUGCCAGAAGGUCCGGAGGAAGAGAAGCUCCUACAGGAAGGAGAAGCUAAUAAAUCUCGGCGAGUUGAACUGAGUACCGCGUCGCUGCUGAAGGUUGCUCCCACAGACGAAGAGAGGAAGAUCAUCCAUGAUCUGUUCCUCAACACCCUCGAUACAAACACAGUUAGUUUCCGCAGCAGGAUGUUGCCUCUGAAGUCUGUUUGGAUGGAGGACGCCAAGCUGAAAGGACUGGAGAUCUGCCACCCUCAGCAGAGGAACAUCUUCAACAGGAUUUUCGGAGGUUUUCUCAUGAGGAAAGCUUACGAGUUGGGCUGGGCCAACGCCUGCUCCUUCGGAGGAUGUCGGCCCAGUCUGGUGGCGGUCGAUGAUAUUCUGUUCCAGAAACCCGUCGAGAUCGGUUCAUUACUGAUGCUCUCAUCACAGGUCUGUUACACUCAAGGGAAGUACAUCCAGGUCAGAGUUCACAGCGAGGUAUUCGACCCACUGACACGCCAGCACAACACCACCAACGUCUUCCACUACACCUUCGCCUCCGACCGCGACGUCCCCAGCAUCAUUCCCAAGACGUACGGAGAGUCGAUGCUCUACCUGGACGGGAAAAGACAUUUUAACCAAACUGUGGAGUCCUGAGAGGUCAGAGGUGCCUGGCAGAGCACCAGACUGCAGGAGUCUGUCCGGCUUCCAUAUGAGACAAUGAACUCUCUUAAAAUACUUUAUGCCAUUUUUAUACCAAAUGUUUUCACCAGAUGGUGUCAGCUUUUUAUCUGCUGUGGUUACGCUUGAACUUUGUUUCUUUUUGAAACAUUUAGUUGCUGUAGCUCCGGAGCAGUCGCACAUAUGCAAACACAUAACUGUCAUGAAUAUACACAAUUAGUCCUGACUCAUUUGCAAGGUGUUACAGUAAAGUUAUAUCAUUACUUUAUGUUAAAUUGACACAUACAGUAUAUGCACAGAUUACUUUAUCUCUUGUUUCUGCAUGUGUUGGAAUGGAUUCAAUGCAAUAAAAUUUUAUUUAGCUCAA